AUCUAAUUUUCAUAUCAUGGCGGCCAAAUGUUUUCAUCGACAACCAAAGAAGUCCAAAGUUGACCAAACGUUUGUGCAUUGAAAAAUAUACGUCUAGAUGCUUUCAACGUAAAUCUAGAUUUAUACAGCAAUAUAAUGACAGAGAACAGUGACAAGUGGCUGGAUGCCUACCAUGACCCAGUGGCCUCUUUGUACACAUUCACUCAGUGUCUGACUUUGUCUGACAUUCAAGCUGAUGGAGACUGGAAGCUCAUUGUGGCUGAUCUAGGCACUGGAACUUAUGACAUGAAGCUUAAAGUUUAUAAAAAUACCACAUUGUUGAGUGAACACACCAUUAUUGAUUUACCUACUGGUGUAGUUACAUUCUAUAUGGACACUCUGACACCUAGAACACCUGCAAUUGCGGUUGCCUCAGGACCUUACAUUUAUGUGUAUAAAAACUUGCGUCCAUAUUUCAAGUUUACAUUGCCACCACUGGACAUACAUCCAGUUGAAGAAGACUUGUGGAACCAAGCUAAAACUGAUCAAGUGAACAUACUCAAUAUGCGAGAUACUUUAGAGGCAAUGAGACAAGAAGGAGCAUCAUUAACUGUCAGAUCUAUUAAACUACUUCAGAUGGAAACUAAUAACUUACAGAACUUUGUAAAUCUUCACAAAAACACACCCUUGAAAAAGCAGACUGUGAUAACCUGUUUGAGCACUAUGAAGAAGUCAGUUCCUGAUGAUGAUGCAAUCAGUUGUCUUGUGCUGGGAACUGAGAACAAAUCAAUCUAUAUUUUGGAUCCAGAGGCUUUCACUGUCCUUGCAACCGUAAAUCUGCCAAAUGUUCCUGUAUUUAUAAGUGUAAAUGGACUUUUUGAUGUGGAUUACAGAAUUGUUGUUUCUUGUAGAAAUGGUUGUAUAUACACACUCAAAAGGGGCAGUACAGAUGUGACCAGGAAUAUGAUAGAGUUAAACUCACAGCCUGUUGGUAUGGAGAGAGUCAAUAAAAAUAUCUAUGUGGGAUGUAUGGAUGAAACAUUGCACUGCUUCACAUCAAAGGGUAAAAAGCUGUGGACAGUGCGACUACCUGCCAGCAUCACUGCCAUGGAAGCCAUAGACUAUAAGCCAAAAAGUUUCACUGCUGUGAUUGUUGCACUGAGUAACCAGGAGGUACACAUCUACAAAGAGAAGUAUUUAGUGGAUGUUCUGAAGAUGGAUGAUGUGGUCACUGGCAUGAGGUUUGGAAGAUUUGGAAGAGAAGAUGGAACACUGGUCAUGUCAACAAAGCGAGGAGGUCUGUUUGUGAAAAUUUUGAAGAGAACAGCCAAAUUUGAGGAAAAAGACAAGCUAGCAGGCCCUCCAGCUGCUCAAAAUACUAAGUUGAAUCUUCCCAAGAAGACCAAACUGUUUGUUGAUCAAACUCAGAGGGAGAGAGAACAGUGUGUUGCGAUGCAUAGAACUUUUCAACGUGAUCUAGCUCAGCUUCGACUCAAAGUCCUAAGAGAGUAUGUCAAAGCCCUAGAUAGCAGCAUGAAUCCAAUUUCUUCAGACCCAAUGGAACCACUGAAACUCAGUGCACAUGUUCAGGGAAUUGGUCCAACAUUCAAGUUUUCUGUAAAACUUCAAAAUACUUCUUUAACUCAAUCCUCCUCAAACUUGCUAAUUACAUUUGACUAUGAUGAACAUUUGUAUGACUUUCGCAAGAAGUUGAUACAGGUGCCUAUCCUUGUUCCAGGAUUGACUUAUAGUUUUGACACAUUUAUUGACUGUAAAACAGACAAGGGUUUAAGUGACAAUGUCAAGGUAUAUGUACUAAAGCCUGGGAAGUCUAUUCCUCUCAUCACUGGAGUGGUCAGCAUGCCAGUUAGUGAGAGUAUUGUUCUGGUCUAGUCACCAUCUGUACAUCAGUUAUGAUGACAUGUAGCUGUGGAAAGUGGAAUACUAGUGACAUUCUACAACACAUAAGCUGUCAUAGUGAAAUUUUUUAAGCUGAAUCUCUCAAGUCAUUUCUUGUAAAAAAAUUUUUUAUACAAUUUCUAUGACUUUCUUGCUAAUAACGUUUCAUAACAUUGUACAAAAACACCAGAAAUUUAUUCUUUAGAAUUCUUAAAUUAGAUGUUGGGGGGGGGGGGGGGGGGGGAAGGGGGAUUUUCUUAUUCAGUGGCUACCUCUGUAUUACCAGCUGGAUUACCAACCAUAAAAAAAAUAAAAACCUGAAUUUGAGUUUUAAUCAUGUAGGUAAUUAAAAUGUGAAAUUUUGCUGUUGUAAUACUUUUGGAUUGUUGUUGAAGUCAAAGCUUAUUUCAAAGUUUUAAGUUUAUUUCUUUCAUUCGAUUGAAGAAUGUUUCAAUUAUUAUAUAGGCAUUCAACUUAAUUGCGAAUUUGUAGAAUAUUUCAAGUUCUACAUUUAUUUAAUUGUUCCCACACACUGACUCACACAUAGACACUUACAAAUUUAAAUUAUUAUUUGUGCCAACUCAUUUGAUACAAAAUGACUGAAAACUAGAGACCCUAGUUAAAUGCUAAAGAGUUGUUAUUUAUUUUUUUGUUUUAAAAUAAAAAUAUGUAUUAUUA